AUGAUUAAUAACAUUGGCUAUCCUGACAUCACCAAUGAUAUAUCGAAGCUUGACGAGCAGUACAAAGAGCUCGUCAUUCUGCCCGAGGACACUUAUUAUUCGUUGAUGAAGAAAGCAGUCGUGUGGAUGCAGAAAAAAGAAUUUCGGAAGUUGUUGAAGCCCUUCGAUCGUCAUGAGUUUGACGUGUCUCCGGCAGUUGUCAACGCCUUCUACUCCCCUGAAAAGAACGCCAUAACGUUUCCUGCCGGGAUUCUUCAACCGCCUUUCUUCAGCGGCUCAUUUCCUAAAGCUGUGAACUACGGCGCCAUUGGAGCUGUUAUCGGGCAUGAAAUCACUCACGGAUUCGAUGAUCAAGGUUCUCAGUAUGAUAAGGACGGCAAUUUGCAUAACUGGUGGAGCACUCGUUCCCUGGAGGCUUUUGACGAGCGGAGACGAUGUAUUGUUGAGCAGUACGGCAACUACACUGUACCGAAAACCACAUAUAAAGUGAACGGCAAACUGACACAAGGAGAGAACAUAGCCGAUAAUGGCGGAGUCAAGGAAGCUCUCAAGGCUUACAAGAAAUACGUUGCGACGAAGGGUGAAGAGGCGCGUCUGCCAGGACUUCAGCACUACACCAACACCCAGAUAUUCUUCCUUAGCUACGCUCACUUUUGGUGUGGUCAAAAGAAAGAAGCAGCAGCGAUGCAGCAAGUGACAACCGACGAACACUCUCCCGAAAUAUUUCGCGUGACUGGAGUACUUUCAAACUUACGUGAAUUUGCAGAAGCAUUCUCUUGCCCUGCUGGG